AUGGAAGAAAAAACACAAACCAAGACAUUUUUGGGUUCAAAGUUGCCGAAGUAUGGAACAAAAUCCGUAAGAAGUACACUGCAGCCAAUGCCAAAUGGGACAACUGCUAGCUUAUUAGGAGUUUCCAAGAGUAGCAGUGUCAAAAGUUAUAUAAGAAAUAAUGGCUCAGAUUAUCCACUGUCCCAUUCAUUUAGUUGGAGAAAGGCAAACAAAUACCAACUCAAUGAAGAAAGUGCUGGAGAGUCCAACGAUCCUCAAAAUUCACUUGAUAAAUUAAUUGAUCCUGAAAAACAUGUUCCUAAUCAAGGAAUGCUUGACAAAAGUAGGAUAAAAGGAGGUUUGAAAAGCGUUUCUGUACUCACAUCAAAGGCAGCAAAGCCAUCCACUAUGUUUGUGUCAUCUACAGAGGAGUUAAACCAGAAGCCUUUGUCUGGACCAUCUAAUUUGGGUAAAUUUACCAAAGGUACAUUAUUAGGAAGAACUUCUUAUUCUUCAAUCAGUGCUCCAAAAUCACAGUUGAAUGGAUGUUAUGGCACUCGAUCAGCUGGUGGCAUGCAAAGGCCUAGAGCAAACUCCUAUGCCACCAGAAGCAGUUCUGGAGAGAGCUUAGCACAAUCCCCAGACAAUAGUAAAAUGGUCAGGUCACAGAGUUUUUCGCAUUCCAUUCAGAAUUCAUUCCUUCCAACUUCAUCUAUAACCAGAUCACAUUCCUUCAACAGAGCUGUAGAUCUUCCUAAGCCUUAUCCGAACCAACAGCUGCACAUUAGAAUGCCUCUAAGGUCAAGUAUGCUAACAAGAAAUUCCAGGCAGACAGAAGGAUUCAAUGGGAACGAACAUUUAGGAUAUGGAUUUAACAGAUCUUAUCCUGCUGGUGGGAAGAAGUUGGCUUUACCGAAUGGCCCUGGUGUAACUUCCACUUUGGGUUAUAGGAUGGUUCAUCCCUCGUUACUGAAAUCCAGUAGACCGCCAUUUGCUGGGAGUGUCACAGUUGACAGUAAUAAAAAUUUACCUGCUGACAAGUGUGUAGAGGAACAUGCUACAGUUUUUGCUAAUGAUAGAGCUACUAAUAAGGACCAAGAACUAAUUGAAAAUGAUGGUUAUAGAGCAGAAAAUGAUCAGACAAUGAAGAAUGAUGCUAAGAUCAGAUAUCUGACUGAUGAUGUGGAUGAUAUUUCCCUGUCUUCUUUGUCAUCUUCUGAUAAGAAUGAUUUAAGUGAAGACUUCAGUGAUGAUUUUAUAGAUAUUGAAGACUCUAACAGGACUCAAAUAACUCCAGAAGAAAUUUCUCUAAAAGAAGAAAAGCAUGAAAAUGUACCAUCCAAGGAUACAUUUGAUUCUCCUAUGGAAAACGAAAAAUCUUUCAGUAAAACUAAUGAAUGGAUAGAUAUAAAUGUAUCUGACAGGAGUGAAUGUACAGAGCAUACUUCUGGGACUACGUUGAUUUCACCAGAUACAGAUUACAGAGCUGGUUCUUCCUUUGAACUGUCUCCAUCUGAUAGCUCUGAUGGAACAUACAUGUGGGACGAAGAGGGCUUGGAGCCUAUUGGAAAUGUGCAUCCGGUUGGGAGCUAUGAGUCCUCUGAGAUGAACAGCAUAGAUAUUCUGAAUAAUCUUGAAUCGUGUGAUCUUGAGGAUGACGACCUUAUGCUUGAUGUGGAUCUGCCUGAGGAUACAUCUAUUGAGAAUGUGGAGUGUGACAAUAUGAACCGCUUUGACCAAUCAGACAGAAAUGCUGGGCAAUCUCAGGAAGGAUUUUGGAAAAGGCCACCCCAGAGGUGGAGUGCCCAGGAGCACUACCACCUCAGCCAUCCUGACCACUAUCACCACCGUGGAAAAAGUGACCUCAGCAGAGGCUCUCCUUAUAGAGAAUCCCCUUUGGGUCAUUUUGAAAGCUAUGGCGGGACGCCCUUUUUCCAGGCUCAGAAGAUGUUUGUAGAUGUACCAGAAAAUACUGUGAUACUGGACGAAAUGACCCUCCGGCACAUGGUCCAGGAUUGCACUGCCGUAAAAACUCAGUUACUGAAACUGAAACGUCUGUUGCAUCAGCACGAUGGAAGUGGUUCAGUGCAUGAUGUUCAGCUGUCAUUACCAUCUAGUCCAGAACCAGAUGACAGCGAUCAGGUGUAUAAGAAUGAAGAUUUAUUAAAUGAAAUUAAACAACUUAAAGAGGAGAUAAAGAAAAAAGAUGAAAAAAUCCAACUAUUAGAACAUCAGCUCGCAACCCGGUGUAAUUGCCACCAAAAAUCUAAAGAGGAAAAAUGCACAUAUGCUGAUAAAUAUACCCAAACACUUUGGAGAAGAAUUUCCGGUGGGUAUUCCCCCUCCUUCUCUCCUUGGCAGGGCUCAUUCCAAGGGACCCCACGGACUGUUCCACCGCACCGCAGACAGACCUCAAGUACUACAGCCUUCCAGCAGCCUUCCCAGAUCCACAGAGCACGGCCAGGGAAAACUAACAAAACCACAGCUUACCGAGGCCCACAGUGAACGUGCUCCCCAGGGCACACAUCAGGGAGAUGCACAUCUGGACGAAAGCUUCACACAUGGCUGGCAACAAGAAAGCAAGUCUGCUCUGGAUGAACUGCCUUUUUCGUCAAGCCCACAAUUCACUAGUAAUAGUGCACCUUCUGAAGCAAACCCGAGCACAACCAUGAAUGCUUCAGAGCCUUACCAUUUGGCAAAUAAUAACAUUUAUGACAUGCAGUUUGUACCUACUUCUGUGCAAACACUUCCCCAGUCAAGUACAGCCGACCAGGCUAACAGAGUUGUAAGAAAUCAGUCUUCUCCUGUGGGCUCUGCGUCGCAGCCUAAGGCCUUGCAACUUCUAAAGCCAUCCAUCUUGAAUUCUGUGGUACCUCCUCCAGUCUCUGAAUCAUCUCCAAGUAAGACUGCCACUUGUAAGAAGUCGCUGAUAACCACACCAUGUAAUCCAUCAAAUCUUCAGCUAACAUCCAGUCAAACAAAUCUUGCAAAUAAUCCUAAUCUGAAAGUGUCUAAACUCCGCCCCCCUUCUAGCUCUUUCAAACAAAAACAAAUAAGCAACCCCCGACUAGAGCCUCAAAACUUUCAGGCCAAGACAAGCAUCCCAAGACCACUAACACGAAGAAAAGAGAUUGUGCAGACUCUGAAUGGCAAUUUUCAUUCUGGGGAUUGUUUGGCCGCUAAUCGAUAUUCUCGUCUUCCUAAACCAAAGAUACAUUAAAUACGUAGCCGUCACCUGCCAGCUUGCUUUUGUCAAACAAGCUCAUUUGUCCUGUUAUAUCUUUAUAUGCUUUCGGCUACCAAGGUGGAGAGUCCACUGAAAGCUUGCAAAUUUUAAAUAUUAAACCAUGGAAUCUUCUAGUUUGGCUUUUCCAUUUUGUAUCGGGUUGAAGUGCAUGCCAUUUGAACAUUUUUGUCUCAGGUAAAUGCAGACGUUUGCUUACCCAUCUCAGCAGCCUCUUGAAGGCUCUAAUCAUGUUAUCCUCCCUGUGCGAAUCAUAAAACGCAUAAUACCCCACAGAGCAGGCAGGAAGUGUGCUCUGCUAAUUUAGUCCUUU